CAAGCAGUCAAUAGUAUGGUUUGGGAACCACAAGCAGGUCGCGAGGAUCUUUAUAAAAAAUACAAAAUUAAACCAACCAAACUUGUUAAUAGUCUGAAGUCAUUUAAAUUUCUCGAUUUACUGAGGCGCGUGGAGUCUUAGCUCAGUUCAGUCAACGCGAUCGAGCUGUAUGGUUUUGUAAGGAAAAUGGAUUUCCUACCUAAAAACGCGAUCCUAGAGAGGAAACCUGACACGCUGGAAUACGUACGCAGCGUGUUCAAUCUAGAGAAGCCCGGGGUUAUGAAAGAUGCUGUGAACAUCCUAAACGAAUGGAUUCAGAAGCAACCGCAUUUCAACAAGAAAGAUUUCAGACCUUUUUAUUUAGAGACAACAAUACUGGGAUGCAAGGGGUCGAUAGAACGCUCCAAAAUGCAAAUUGACAAAAUCUGCACUAUGAGGACGUUGCUGCCCCAAUUUUUUGGAUCAUAUAACCCUAAAACGGAUUUUGAACAUCUUUACGAAGUUGUAAACUCAUUAAUGUUACCUAAGUUAACAGAAGAUCACCAAAGGGUAUUCGUAUGCCAGUUCCAUGACGUUGAAUGGGAAGCUUCACAAGGCAUAUACUUUUACAGACAUAACAUCUCCUUAGCAGAAUAUGCCAAAGUGCACGACUAUUUGAGUGGAUUCGUAAUGAUAAUUGACUUCUCGCAAGCGAAUUUGAUGGAUUUCGUGAUGAAAAUGAACCUCGUUCACUUGAGACAAGCCAUGACAAUCUACAUCGAGGGCUACGGAAUGAGAAUAAAAGCAAUACACUUGAUAACUCCAUCAAAAUUCGUUGACACAUUAUUGUCAAUACUGAAACAGGUGCUAAGUUCCAAGGUGGCUGGUCGGAUCAACAUACAUAAGACCUACGAAGAGCUACAUAAAUAUUUACCAAAAGAGAUACUUCCUGAAGACUUUGGUGGGGAGGAACGUUCGUUGAAAAAACUUCAAGACGAAUUCACUGAGGUGCUAUCAUCAGAGGAACACUUGAACUAUCUACGUGAAAUGGAUUCUGCGACCACUAACGAAGAGUUCCGUCAGAAAGACAAGUUUUCAGAGCAGUAUGCUGGAAUGCCAGGCACCUUCAGGCUUUUGAGUGUUGAUUAGGAUUUAUUGUUAUACUUAGGCGAAAAUCCAUUUAGAUAAUAUACUUAUAGGUUAGACGUAAAUUUAAUUACGGUUUAUUGGAUUAAGUAGGAUAAUAUGAGUAUUAUUUUUUAAUAAUAAAAUAAAGUAAUUAACUUUUUAAUUAAUAAUAAAAAUAAAAAUAGUUUAUUUCGGUAACAUCAAUCGGUAACAAAUAAUAAUUAAAGGCUAGAUGUUUUAUGAGUUAGAAACUCGUGUGACAGACGGCUCCUAUAUGUAUAUAAGGCAUAAUGAUAUGUGUAACAUCGUAUGAAGUAUCAUGUGAUAGUCUAGAUUCGAAUUAAAAACAACCUUCACCUUCGUUUAUUGGACGAAAACUGUUUUGUUACUAUAAUAAACUAUGUUAAAAAAGUAAAUUGCGAGUAGGUGCUAUAUAAACUCCUUCUAAGCCAUCUUUAUUUAAUAGUUACUAAUAGUUUGGCCAAGAUUUUUUUCGGCAACUUACUUAUAAUAUGGUUUUUAGCUUACUGAUUUGAUAUAGGUACCUACCUUUUCAUACAAUCAGCAGGUUGGUGAAGUUCGUUUCUGAUUCGGACCCUCUACAUUCAUCAUGGCUUAAUAUUCUUUCAUAUCUCUGUUUAUCAAUAAAUUAUCCUCUGUCAAUAACAAUAAUAAACAGUAAGAGGCUUUUAAAAUAAAUAAAAAACACAUACGAAAAAAUAAAACUAAUCAUCAUUAAUUCAUACAACUUUAACUUUAAUUAUUGUAGUUAAAUAUGAUAUUGUGAAUAAAACGUUUGUAAGGUGUUUGAUUUUUUAUAUACCUACUAACUAGCGGACGCCCGCGACUUCGUCCGCGAAUUCAGUUUUUCACAAAUCCCGCAGGAACCGUGGAUUUUUCCGGGAUAAAAAGUAGCCUGUGUUAAUCCAGAGUAAAAUCUAUUUACACUCCAAAUUUCAGCCAAAUCGCUUCUGUAGCCGCUGUACAAAGAAGAAACAAACAUACAUACUUACACAUUUUAUUUAUAAGUGUGAUGUGAUUAUGAAUACAAAGGAGUUUAAUUAUACAGUCACAUAAUUUUAUUUAUGUGCAGUUCAUUAAGUGGUCUUUAGGAAUAUAAUAAAAAAUCAAGACAAUAAAUUAAAACACAAAACAAAAUACACAAACUAAUUAAUUAUUAUAAUCAUCAUGUUUUCAUAGCAGACGCAUGGUGGGCCUGAUUUGCAACAAUUCUGGAUUCAAAUUCGUGUUUGUGAUAGAAACUGUAAUGAUUGUUAUCAGCUAAAUGGUAAUUAGGACGAAUUUAUAUGAAUUUUUGGGCACAAGGAUAAAACCAAAGUUUUUUUUCUAAAGAUAUGUCACUGGCAUCGAAACUGAAGCGGACAAAAGUGGCUAAUAGUCUUAUUAUUAAUAUUAUAAUAUAAAGAGCGCGCAGCGCGUCGUUACAAUAUGGAUUUUCGAAGCACGGAGCGAUUGACGCGCGACGCAAAUUUUAUGACGUGAGCGCCAAAACCUUUUUACCUAAUUGCAAGUAAAUUAAACAACAUAACGAAAAACAAAAUGGCCAUGUUCAAGAUAUAUACGUAAUUUUCUAUACAAAACAAAAAUUUAAAAAAAUAAGUUUGCUUUUCCUGAAAUUGAAAGCUAAAUAUGAGCAAAACAUGUAUUUUUCAAAAAAAUAAACUAUCGAGAAAAGUUUUACAAAUUGUGUAUUUUGUAUAGUCAUAACGAAGCUAACACUUUGAAAUAUCAUUUACCCAAAUAUCAGGCUCCUAACUUUUCCAGAAUCUGAGAUCCAGAACCAUUUGUAACCACUAAUUUACAUAUUGCACACUCUUAAUUUGGUCGCACUGUAAACAACGAAAGUAGUUAAACGAAUAAUACUUAAAUAUUGUCUGCAAUAUCGAGUUGUGUGUUCAGAAAGUUUCAAAACUAUAAUAAAUAUAUGUUAGUAAACACAAAGUUGUAUGCGCUCAGUGGAGUAGCUGAAUUUGGAUCACUUUAUGCGGUGAUUUUGUAGGCAGGUAACAUAUCUAAUAAUAGAAAAUCUUUGGAUAAAGCACCAACUUUUCAUUUAAUCAGCCCUUUUAAUGUUUUACAGCAGAGGCGGAACUCCAUUGUUAUGCAAAAAUGCACUGCCUACUUUAUCUCAAUACAAACCGAUGUUAGACAGAAUAUAUAGUUGGACAGGGAAUUUAAUAUUUUUACCUAUAAUGCAUACCUUAGUUAAAAACCUUGUGCACGCCACUGAUUAUCGGUAAGGGGAUAUGGAACUUAAAACCACCAUGCUGCACCAAUGUGGGUUGGCGAGCUUAGCUUCAUGAUAAUGAUGGGGACCAACGGCUUAAAGUGCUCUGUGAGGUGAUUUGUUUAGACUCUUGUAGUCUUAUCA